AUGACCCCUGUGGCUACAACCAUAGCUGACAUGACGACUUCUGUGGCUACAACCACAGUUGAAAGGACGACCCCUGUGGCUACAACCACCGCCGACACCACGACUCCUGAGGCUACAGCCACAGAUGAUAAGACGACCCCUUUGGCUACAACCACAGCCGACACGACGACCCCUGUGGCCAAGGCCACCGCCGACACCACGACCCCUGAGGCUACAACCACUGCCGACACGACGACCCCAGAGGCUACAACCACCGCUGACACGACGACCCCUGUGGCUACAACCAUAGCCACCACGACGACCCCUACGACGACCCCUGUGGCUACAACCACAGUUGAAACGACGACCCCUGAGGCUAUAACCACCGCUGACGCGACGACUCCUGUGGCUACAAGCACAGUUGAAACGACUACCCCUGUGGCUACAACCACAAUUGAGACGACGACCCCUGUGGCUACAACCACAGCCGAGACGACGACCCCUGUGGCCAUAACCACCGCCGACGCGACGACCCCUGAGGCUACAAGCACCGCCGACACCACGACCCCUGUGGCUACAACCAUAAUUGAGAUGACGACCCCUGUGGCCACAUCCACCGGUGACACGACGACCCCUGUGGCUACAACCACAGUUGAAACGACGACCCCUGUGGCUAUAACCGAUACCACGACCCCUGUGGCUAGAAAUACAGGCACGACCAUCUUUCCUACCAACACCGUUGACACGACUACCCCUUCGACCAGAAACACAGGCACGACCACCUCUCCUACCAACACCACCGACACGACACUUUCGGCUAGAAACACAGGCACGACCACCUUUACUUUCAACACUGCUGACACGACGACCUCUGUAGCUAGAAACACAGGCACGACCAUCUCUCUUACCAAUACCGCUGACACGACAACAAUUUCGACUAGAAACACAGGUACGACCACCUCUCCUACUAACACGAUGACCCUUGUAACCACAACCAGAACUACUUCUACUAAUAUGACUUUCAGCGCUACAUCUGCUGGGGCUACAGUUCCAAACAUAACCCUGUCUGCUACUACGAUGGCCGACAACAGAGCUACGUCUGCAACCACAGCCGCUACCCCCUCUACCAAUACGUCUGACGAAAAUACAUCUGCUGUGGCUACAACUACACCUAUAACCACUAACACAACCUCUUCUGUUACAGCAACUUCAGCCAGCGCAUCAGUCCCUGAUACAACGGCCAAGGGUACGCUGGUCACUGAUACGACUAAUGGUGCUUCCCCUGACAAACAUACAAGUGAAACUACGACCGCUGACACUAUCCCUUCUGAUACUAUGGCUACUACAACCAUUUCAGCUGCUACAACAGCUGGUACAACCGCUAGCGCUACAAUUGCCACCACUGGGGCCUCUCCUCCCGUCAACUCGACGUCCACCCAUUCUACAGCUGUCAACAGUACUAUUAAUCUCACUGUCACACCCGGUGUCACGCCCACUGUCACGACCAGCGGGACCACCGGAAACGACACCACGACCCCCAGCACGACGGUGUCCCCGCACCUUCCCUCCUGCGGCUGCGGGUGCAAGACAAAUGUUACAUCUACCACCAUCAUCAGAUGCAAAAAGGGCGCCAAAGGUUGCAAGAAGCGGGGCAGCGUCUUCCUGAAGGUAUUGCAGAGAAUCAAACGCAACUGAACCUCGCACUCUAAGAAUCGCCAAUGUUUUGCCAGGCUGAUUUCUUUGGGCGUUGGAUCGAAUCGUUUUAACCUUGGAAUAGCGAUUGCAAGUGAUAGAGUGUAUUUAGACAAUAUUCAUCUUAGUAGUUUGGGGGACUCGAAUCUUAAAGAUCUUAUAUAUGAUUAUUACCAGAGUUAUCUUGUAAACAAUACAUACACAUUUUAAAAGGCAUAUGUGAAUGAAUGCAUGCGCAUAUACCAGGCACGUAUUUCUUAUUACUUCAAUCAAAGCAGUUAUGUUCAUAAUUGAAAUAAAAUAUUAUUUGAUAAUAUGAUCUGAGAAAUUGACAGGGCGAAGGCGUAGAGUGGCUCGCACCGUCUAACCGCAACCUCGGGUGAAUUUCUUCAUCGCUUAACGAAGUGCUUAUCAGUGUAGGCUUCGUGCGAUGCUUGGCAAUGGCUGCGAGCGGUCUUGAGUGGGGGGCUUGCCUCUCCAUAACAGCCCAUCUGUCUAGCCCCUUGUGAAACAUUUAAUAACCGAAUAACAGGAAUUUAUCACAUCCAGUACCAUAGGUGAAAUAUUUGUAAAAAGUGACUGUAAUAAAAUAAAUGGGAAUGUUUUA